UUUGUUUUCUAUUCUAAUGAGGGCGGAGCGGGGCUUGUGGAUAUUUACGUUGAGGCGGGAGCCGCCGCCCUUCAUUCACCCACAUGGUCCCCGAGCCCGGCCGCUGCUGCCGCCGGGACCUGCCUUCGCGCCACUUCCCUUCCCCCCGCCCUCCCCCAUCCGCCCCGCCGGGGAGCGGCGCGGCUCCCUUCGGCCGGGCUCGCUCGGCCGCACAGGGCGCCGGGGGCCGCGGGAGGAGGGAAGAUGGUGGCGGCGGCCGCCGCCGUUGGCUGUAUCGACACGUGCAGCAGGAAAUACUGAAGCUUUCCGUGGAUGUUGCAGUAGUGUAUUUGCGGAGGAACUUACUUUUUACAGAAAAUGCAGGUACAACAUAUGUAGACAACAUACCUUGAAUUACUAAAAACGCUGGUUGCGUCAGAGUAAUGUCAAAGUGCUUACAGUGCAGGUAGUGAUAUAUAGAACCUACUGCAGUGAAGGCACUUGUAGCAUUAUGUUGACAGCUGCCUCAGGAGAUCUUGCAGGACUUCCGAGAUUGGAAAGGUACAGUGUGGUGGUGUGAAGUGCUUUUUGUACUAAGGUGCAUCUAGUGCAGAUAGUGAAGUAGAUUAGCAUCUACUGCCCUAAGUGCUCCUUCUGGCAUAAGAAGUUAUGUCUUCAUCCAGUCACUCAGGUUAAGACUGUAGAUGUUCCAGUAGUUUUCUGCUUUGCAGUCUUCUGUUAGUUUUGCAUAGUUGCACUACAAGAAGAGUGUAGUUGUGCAAAUCUAUGCAAAACUGAUGGUGGCCUGUUAUAAUCUACAUCGAGGAGUUUGAAUGCUUUCUGCUGGUUGUGGGAUAUUUUGUGGCCUUCCUUAUUUUAACAGCAGUCUAGUGAAUGACAGCUCUUGUAGCACUAAAGUGCUUAUAGUGCAGGUAGUGUUCACUAAUCUACUGCAUUAUAAGCACUUAAAGUACUGCUAGCUGUAGAACUACAUAUUCAGCAUGUCUUAAAAUUUAUUUGUUGUUUAAUUGAACACUGUUCUCUGGUUAGUUUUGCAGGUUUGCAUCCAGCUGUAUGAUACUCUGCUGUGCAAAUCCAUGCAAAACUGACUGUGGCAGUGACAAGUCAGUCAGUGAGUGUGGAAAAUUUGUACCCCUUUCUACACAGGUUGGGAUCAGUUGCAAUGCUGUGUGUGUCUCUGGUAUUGCACUUGUCCCGGCCUGUUGAGGUUGGUGGGGAUAGAGGCUGAAACACCUUCGUAGCUUUAAGGAACUUCUCCCCCAGUGAUCCAGGAAACCAUAGAUACAUAUUUUUUUUCAAGUUUCUUAGAAAAAAAUGUCAUGUAACUUUCUGUGUAAUCAGACAUUCAUCUUCUGUAUCUAGUUUCUUGUUUGUAUGUACUGAAUUUGUUGCUGACAAUAUGUAUUUACUGAAAUCCUUGAGUGGAAUUCUUUUGUUGUUGUUCAGGCUAUUACUAUCUUUGCAUUAAACUGAAGUGGAUAAUUGUA